AUGUAUCGCCGCAAUCGAUCGACCGAUUAUACGUUAUUUUCUCUUAUACUCCUGGUUUUCAUUAUCGGGAAUAAAUUUGCCAACGUGGAUACUUUCAACGGUGUAAUAUGGAGUGAUGAUAAAAAUGAUUUUGUAAGAAUCUUCGACGUCCCAUCAUUCGCGAAACUACACAACGAUAUUAUCGCGAAAAUCAGAUCAACGGAGGCCUACAAUUUCAACGGUACAACUUUAAAGCUCACCGCAUUUCCGAUUAAGAAUCUUAUAACUUUUCGCAACAACAACACCGUAGCCAGUGGCCUGCAUGGCGACGUGUGGGAACUUAUCGCCGACACUUUAAACUUCAAAAUUCGGUACACUUCGAUAAGUGAGCACGAAUACGGGACUCAAAGUAAGAAUGGUUCGUGGGACGGACUGAUCGGAUACAUUUAUCGAAACGAAACAGACAUAAUACCACGAACCGUGGUUUUCCCAUCGCGAACAACGGCCUUGCAAUUCACCCUGCCGAUGUGGAUGACGGGGUGCGAAUCGAUAAAAAAUAAUCUUACAAAUUGGAGCUUUUCAUCGUACAGAUUGUACGUAAGAAAACAACUGCAACAUCACAAUACGUGGAUGAUCGAAUUGUUCAGACCGAGCCUGUGGAUGUCGACAAUCGCCCUUUUCUUCGUAUUGGUUUUCGCAAGUUUUUUACAGCAGACGUUAAACUCGGGGAAGAUGAAGGGGACAAAAGAAGCCGAUCAUACGGCCUCCUGCACCCUGAGAGAUAAUUUUUUCUACGUAUUUUCUAUUUACUGUAACCAAGGCUGGCUACCGUCGCUGUUCGAAAGGCGUGCCAAGAUCCUGCUGCUAUCGACUCGCCUUUUCUCUUGGCUUCUGAUCAUCGCGUUCAGCUCUAAACUAAUAUCGCACGUAACGCAGCGGGAAUUUCAUACACCGUUUGAGGAUCUGGAAUCGCUUUACAGAGAUACGAACUACAAAGUGGCCGUAAAACGGAACUCGUUCGUCUAUUCGGUUUUCGCGAAAUCGAUGAGACCGAUUUACAAAAAGAUAAUGAACAGCAACAGGCUUAGUCCAGGAAUCGACUUGGAGUCGUACGAGAAAGUCUGCACCGGAAAGUACACCUAUUUCGAAGCUCAGGACGAAAUGGAGGCGAAAAAUUCGAAACUCUGCGACAUGACAUACGUUGGGAAAAAUUACUACAACGGUUGGGUCGCAGGAGGACUCGUUCGCGGAUUUAAGCACACAAAAGCGAUCAACACGGGGGUACUGAGACUACUCGAAAAUGGGGCGAUACAACGUCUGAAAUCGAUAUGGCUAGCGCCGAGUUCGAAGCUGGAAUCAAACUCGAGCGUGUCAGAAUCUAUCGCUCUUCAUCACCUCUCCCUCAUAUUCGCGAUGCUGUUGGGGGCAACGAUUUUGUCAUUCGUUAUUCUGCUGAUAGAGAUCGCAAUUUACCGUUAUUUUAAUCGUCGACAAAUAAUUAUAGCCGGAAAAAGGCCGCCGAUCUGAUUACAUCUCAAAUAUAAUUCCAAUAAUUCGCGCAUUCGUUAUAGGAGACGUGACAAGAAACCUGCAUCGUAGAUUCAAUUCUUACAAUUAGAAAGAAGAUAGCAGAAUGUUGAGUAACGAACGUGUUCGACUUACCAUUUC